GAAAAAAAAAAAUUCCGUAGUCUUUUUGAAGUUUUCAAACGGCCUGACAUGAUAAAGUAUAAAAAAGUGAACUGGUAGAUAACAGUUUUCUUACACAGACACAGACACAAUGUAUACCUUGAUAGCAUGCGUCUUAAUUCUGGCUACAGCUCAAGCUGGGCCAGCUUCUGGUGUAGAGGAAUUAGUUCGAAAACUCAGGAGCCGAUACGAUAAGAUCGAUGCCCCAGGCUGUGGACAAAGGCCACUAGCACCAGGCAAUGGAGUGUCUGAGCUGACAACGAGGAUUGUUGGUGGCAAGGAGUCGAUGCCUUACACCUGGCCAGCGAUAUGCAGUCUUCGAUACGUACAAGAACCAAACAACCACAUCUGUGGCUCCAAUUUGGUCAAAAAUUUGGCGGGAGAGUAUUACUUGAUUACGGCUGCUCAUUGUCUCAAUGACACUCGAGCCAGUCGUUAUGAAGCCCACUGCGGUAUCCAUGACAGAGCAGACGAGAGCGAGCCGCACAGAAUAAUCGUUCACUUUAAUAAUUUAUACAUUCACAGUGGCUACAACUCCUGGACCAUGGACUCAGACAUCGCUAUUUUUAAAGUAGUCACCUCUCUACCCACUAAUAUGUUCAUUUCUGCUGUCUGUAUUCCAAACGAAGGCUGGACUGAUGGAGAAAUAUCAAUCGUAGCUGGAUGGGGAGCUUUGAGCUCAGGAGGAAGCUCGCCCUACAAACUACAUCAGGUAAAUAAGCCCAUCAAACCCAGAAGUAUCUGUGAACAGAGAUACGGUGUCGGCGCCAUCACCCCAAGAAUGCUAUGUGCUGGACUACCAAACGGGGGCGUCGACGCUUGUACGGGGGAUAGCGGCGGUCCCUUAUACACAUACAGAGAAAACAGAUGGACCUUGACAGGCAUCGUAAGCUGGGGUCACGGCUGUGGAGAGGUUGGUAAACCAGGGGUCUACUCUGACGUCAUCGAGCUCAAAGACUGGAUCAACACCGUACUCAAUUUUCUGUAAAAGUCUGCGGUGAACCAAUCGACUGGAACGACACAUGUUUUGGCGCCUAAUGAAGAAAAAAACACGAAGAGAGAUGUGUUCUGAAUAAAAUAAUUUAUUUCUAAAAAA